ACAGGGAUAUGUUCGAGUGGAAAAUAUUGAAAGCUGGGCCAGGCCAGUCGCCAUGUAGAAUUUUUUGAUGUGGGUGUUGUGUCUUGGGACGUCAAACGCUUCAAUGAUUAUUAUUUUCAAGUGGACAUUAAUUUUAGUGUAAAUCGACAUUUGACUAUUCGUUUAUUGUUAAAAGUGUAUUCGGUGAACAAUUACACAUAUUGCUUUGUGAUCGUGAGCCAUCUAAUCUGGUGACGGCAGAUAAUAAACUGGAGGGGGGCUGCUAAAAUACUACGAUAGGAUAGUAACGACGUUUUACAACUCGAGAGCGCUCAUAAAAUUUCUCAUCUCGGUGCGGGCGAGUCGGACUUCCAUUUUGUUUUAUUAUGUGGUUUGGUUGUUUACACUGUGCGUCGCGUUGUGGACAAUGGAAAGCGACGGCGGUUACCCGCGCGAUGAGUGACCAGUGGUAGCGGGAGGCGGUGAUGCAGCGAGCGCACGCGGGCGCAGUCCCGCAUUCGCAGGCCUCCGCCACCGCUCCACACGUACGGACGCACUCUUACGCUGAUAUUGAUGAUCAGAUACCUGCUUCGGUGAUAAGUAGCGUAGGCACAGUGAGCCUGUCUCAAUCAUCGACGCAUCCUACUACCAACAUAACCAUGGCGAACCCUACGAACCUGGGUAACGCCAGCAGCGGCAACGCUCAGCCGGCUGCUCAGCAAACACCGACACAGGCGCCUGUGCGCAACUUGCCCAAGAAACGGAAAUUCGACCCCUCUGUUCUGGAAGAAAUGAGCUCCAACAACAACACAGUCAACGCUCCCCUUCCAGUGGAAUACCAGCCGCAGUAUCAGCAAUCUGUGCUGCAGCCCUCCCCAAUCAUCCAGCACUCGUCCCCGCCUUCAGAGCUCAAGUCGUACAUCACAUACCCCAACAUCGACUUGUCUGAAUGGCGGGACCACAGGGUGCUGGCGAAACAGCGCGGCCUAUACGUUCCGGGAGUGAUCCGUCAAGCUGAAGGUUGUAAAGUGAUAGUGGAACUCGACGGCUUGGAGAGCGAGCCCGUAGAGUACAGUGACGUGUUCGGUGUGAAUAAAAACGAUGUGAUCAGUGACGCGAGCCCCCAAAUGAGCCAUCUGCUCAUGGGGUCGCUGUGUGUCGUGAGGACUACGGACGCUAACCGGGAGAAUGUGCAAAAUGUUUUCGUUGAAGGUCUCGUUUACGAAGUGCUUAAUUCUCCUAUAAGGAUCAGAGUUAAGGUAUCUGACGGAGAUCUGUGCAAGGAGAUGGUGGAAGUGAAACGUGCAGACAUCAGGCUGUUACAGCCUCCUUGGGCUGAUGAGUUGGAGGACGCUGGCACUCACGCCGCGUCCUCUCUACACCCCUCCCUUCGUAUACAUCAUGUGCCUACACAGAUGGGUGGGGACAACUUCUACACGUCGUCCCCCAUGCCCGGCGCGGGCGCAGGCGGCGUGGUGAACGUAGGCGCGUUGUCCAACGGCUCUAUAGACGACCUGCGCAAGCGACCGCCCUUCGACGACUACGGCGAGAGCGAUGAUGAUCUGCGCAGGGAAGAUAUCAUGUUCCCAGCUGAUGUCUCGCAUAUGGAUUGCAGCAACAGCAAGCGCAGCAGUCUUCAGAGUCGAGGCAGUACCUCCAGUUUGUUGGAGCGCAGCCUCACACCCAGAUCUCAACCCCCUACUCCUAGAUCUCAAGCGGCAACCCCGCACAAAUACAAGAAGGGGGACGUAGUAUCAACCCCUACUGGUAUCAGGAAGAAGUUCAACGGCAAACAGUGGCGCCGCCUAUGUUCGAAGGAUGGCUGUACUAAGGAGAGUCAGCGCCGUGGGUUCUGUUCUCGUCAUCUGUCUCUAAGGGGAGUCACUCGAUCGUCUAAUACCCCACUGGCUCAAGGAUCUGCUCAUACACCGCAGCAGAGGAGUAGCAGUAAGUCGCUAUCUUCAAGUGGCACAGGAGUCGAGGGUGACGAGACUUCGAGGGAGUCUGACACAACGCCCCCACACUACCGCGUGACGGGACGCUUUGAUUCCGAUGAAACUGAGGCCGCUAAUAUGCUGGUAUCGCUGGGCAGCUCCCGGUCGGGCAGCCCGGGUGCUUCGCCAGUAGGCGGGGGCGGGUCCCCCGGCCUGCGUAACAAUCUGUUCGUGCCCAUCUCCUCGCCGCAGCCGCAGCCCCACCACCCAGCGGCGUUGUACCAUCAUCAUCUUAUCAGGCCAGAAUUAGUUCGACCUAGCAGAGUGAACUCACCAGUUGGAGGCGUUGCUACCAGCGUCAUCAGAGUGUCACCAGGACCUAACUAUCAUUACCAGGUUGAAAACAGAAACGGGCCAACAAUCGUCCAAACUAACAACGUAUCUCAGUCCAACGUGAUCGGCGUACAAACCUCGGGGUUGAACUUACAAAACACUAUACACACGAGUAUAAAUGCUACGACUACUCUCUCCAGCUUGACUCUACCUUCAAGUAUAUCACUUAACUUGAAUAACUUGAGUACUCAGAGCUUACAGACAAGCAUUGCCAACACUAUUCGUAGUACCAACGAGCUUGCACACAACCUCAUAGUUCCCCGAACUAUUCCGACAUCAAACGGCAUCGAUGUCGAACAGAUUUACAGAACCCAGCCGAUCCAUAGAAACGGCAUCCACGACACAUACCGCCGCGACACGGAAAUGUCGCCCCCAUUAAAUAAUCAUGAAAAUUUUCUGAAUAGAAGAGUCUCGGAGUACGACGAUAAUGAUCAUUCAGUGUCGCAGAGAGAGAAUAAUAUACUCCGCAAUGUUAUCGAUACUCGGCCCCCAGAACUAUCCGAGACUCGCGUAUUGGAAGACAACAAGAGGAUUUUGAAGCCGGCACCCUUGCAAGCGCGGCUGUUGUCUGUGGUCGAACCUGACGUUAAGGACCCAGUAAAGAGGUACUACGUCACUAUGGUUCCUCAGAGUACUACUGAAAAGAAGUAUGUGUUUAUAAAAAACGAGCCUGCGGAGACUGUACAAAUAGAGCAACGGAUAAACCACCUGACUCAACAGCUGAAUAACAACGACCCGGAGCCGGAACACCGGACUUUAGAUAAUGGCGAUCAUGUGAACAACGUAAACAGCAGUGCAGUAAUAGUGCAUCCUAACCAGUUACUACCGGUUCUGCCACCUCCCACGUCACACACUAUUAUCGUAUCAGGCAACACAUUUCCCUGGCAGUCUCUAGUGCCCCUCCUAAGUGGGUCCCCUCCCCCCGCGGGUGGCACAGCCCCGGCCCCGGCGGCUCCCCCCUCGCCGCGCACGCCACGCACACCGCGUACCCCGCACACGCCGCACACGCCGCACACUCCGCACACGCCGGCGCCGCUUAUCAAGACAGAAGAUCAGAUCAAGACUGAGGCUAAUGACCCGCCAAUGUGCAUGGAUGAGGACGAUGAAGUGUUCGAGUCUGAAGACUCCGGAGUCGGCGGAGAUGACUCCAGCAAGCGACCCUCACAGAACACCUCCGCUCUUAACUCUCCUGCUACACAGGAAAAGAAGGAGCGUCGCAUCCGUCGUCCGAUGAACGCCUUCAUGAUAUUCUCAAAGCGCCACCGGCAGAUCGUGCAUCAAAUGCACCCGAACCAAGACAAUCGCACUGUCAGCAAGAUUCUCGGCGAGUGGUGGUACUCACUCAAGCCUGAGGAAAAACAGAAGUACAACGAACUUGCUAGCGAGGUGAAAGAAGCUCACUUCAAAGCUCAUCCGGAAUGGAAAUGGUGCAACAAAGACCGCAGGAAGUCUUCUAGCAGUAAAGAUCCUUCUGGAUCUAUGCCACAGAGUCCCCGAACGCCAUCGGAGGUGGUUAGCAGCGGAUCUCUGACGAUCAACUCGGACUUGCCCGUGCCGGUCGCGACAUACGCCCAUAUGGGAUCGCCGCAGCUCAGUGACGAUGAGCAAAUGCCAUCUCAACCCCUAGAGGAACCACCGCCAGCGGUACAGAACAUAGAGAUUGACCUCAAAUGCGGAGAGAAGGUCACAGACUCGGACUCCGAAGGAUUGGACACGAGGGACUACUUGCCGUCUCACCACGACCAUACAAGAAGGCCUAAACCUAUUAAAGCUAGAGCUGGUUCGUCAGACAAUCUUCUCGGCGGAAUCACAGCGUCGAGUCCGGGCGGGCCUAAAGGCUUCCAGCCGACUGGCGGUGCCUUUAAAUCUACUCAUGCUGAUACCAGUGAAAGCCACAGACAAUGGACAGCGUUCACGCAGAUCAACAAGCCUCUACUGAACCAAGUGCCGAGCUCCCCGCACCCCACGUCCGUCGCGUCCAGCACGCAGAGCCUGACGCACAGCGUGCAGGGCAUCUCGCUCAGCACGCCCAACCUGUCCACGCAGGCGGCGCUGGACAACGCCAUAGCGUCCAUCAUGAACUCGCCGACCUCCACGUGUGGAGUGCAGGUGAUAUCAAGUGGCAUGUCGAAUACGAUUCUGACGCCGACUUCAACGCCGUUGACGUCGACGCUCAGUAACCCCGUGCUCAAGAGCUUCACGCUCGUCAAGAGGAGUAUCGGUGAUAAUUCGCCUUGCCCGCUGACCCUCUCGCUGGACGCGUCGGGCAACCUGCUGCUGAAGCCGAGCCAGGCCACCGACAGCCCCGCGUCCGACUCCAUGCACUGCGUACAUCUGCAGAGGCUAUAUGUGCCAACCUUCAGUACUGGUGAGUGUGUACACUUGUUAUACAACCUGCUGCUGAAGCCGAGCCAGGCCACCGACAGCCCCGCGUCCGACUCCAUGCACUGCGUACAUCUGCAGAGGCUAUAUGUGCCAACCUUCAGUACUGGUGAGUGUGUACACUUGUUAUACAACCUGCUGCUGAAGCCGAGCCAGGCCACCGACAGCCCCGCGUCCGACUCCAUGCACUGCGUACAUCUGCAGAGGCUAUAUGUGCCAACCUUCAGUACUGGUGAGUGUGUACACUUGUUAUACAACCUGCUGCUGAAGCCGAGCCAGGCCACCGACAGCCCCGCGUCCGACUCCAUGCACUGCGUACAUCUGCAGAGGCUAUAUGUGCCAACCUUCAGUACUGGUGAGUGUGUACACUUGUUAUACAACCUGCUGCUGAAGCCGAGCCAGGCCACCGACAGCCCCGCGUCCGACUCCAUGCACUGCGUACAUCUGCAGAGGCUAUAUGUGCCAACCUUCAGUACUGGUGAGUGUGUACACUUGUUAUACAACCUGCUGCUGAAGCCGAGCCAGGCCACCGACAGCCCCGCGUCCGACUCCAUGCACUGCGUACAUCUGCAGAGGCUAUAUGUGCCAACCUUCAGUACUGGUGAGUGUGUACACUUGUUAUACAACCUGCUGCUGAAGCCGAGCCAGGCCACCGACAGCCCCGCGUCCGACUCCAUGCACUGCGUACAUCUGCAGAGGCUAUAUGUGCCAACCUUCAGUACUGGUGAGUGUGUACACUUGUUAUACAACCUGCUGCUGAAGCCGAGCCAGGCCACCGACAGCCCCGCGUCCGACUCCAUGCACUGCGUACAUCUGCAGAGGCUAUAUGUGCCAACCUUCAGUACUGGUGAGUGUGUACACUUGUUAUACAACCUGCUGCUGAAGCCGAGCCAGGCCACCGACAGCCCCGCGUCCGACUCCAUGCACUGCGUACAUCUGCAGAGGCUAUAUGUGCCAACCUUCAGUACUGGUGAGUGUGUACACUUGUUAUACAACCUGCUGCUAAAGCCGAGCCAGGCCACCGACAGCCCCGCGUCCGACUCCAUGCACUGCGUACAUCUGCAGAGGCUAUAUGUGCCAACCUUCAGUACUGGUGAGUGUGUACACUUGUUAUACAACCUGCUGCUGAAGCCGAGCCAGGCCACCGACAGCCCCGCGUCCGACUCCAUGCACUGCGUACAUCUGCAGAGGCUAUAUGUGCCAACCUUCAGUACUGGUGAGUGUGUACACUUGUUAUACAACCUGCUGCUGAAGCCGAGCCAGGCCACCGACAGCCCCGCGUCCGACUCCAUGCACUGCGUACAUCUGCAGAGGCUAUAUGUGCCAACCUUCAGUACUGGUGAGUGUGUACACUUGUUAUACAACCUGCUGCUGAAGCCGAGCCAGGCCACCGACAGCCCCGCGUCCGACUCCAUGCACUGCGUACAUCUGCAGAGGCUAUAUGUGCCAACCUUCAGUACUGGUGAGUGUGUACACUUGUUAUACAACCUGCUGCUGAAGCCGAGCCAGGCCACCGACAGCCCCGCGUCCGACUCCAUGCACUGCGUACAUCUGCAGAGGCUAUAUGUGCCAACCUUCAGUACUGGUGAGUGUGUACACUUGUUAUACAACCUGCUGCUGAAGCCGAGCCAGGCCACCGACAGCCCCGCGUCCGACUCCAUGCACUGCGUACAUCUGCAGAGGCUAUAUGUGCCAACCUUCAGUACUGAAGUAGAGACCCCGAAGAACAACAGCCAGGGCGUGCAAAACGUGCAGAAUGUGCAGAACGUGCAAAGCGGACAAUCCGUCAUAGUGUCGCAGACUAACACCACUACUGCGCCUAAAACUAACACGCAAUGGGAAACCCCGGUGGAAGAAACCAGACCAUUCCCGCUGGCGCCGACUCCUGCGCAGCUUGGCAGAGCCCCGCUACAGAAGAGACUUAGUCGAGGAACUUCAACGGGCUCAACGGGCAGCAACGAGCCGGCGACUUCCACAGCCAGUAGCAGCGGCAUCAACGUGCCUCGCUCGGAAGCCGGCGUCAACAACGGCGCCAUCAGCUCUGAUGACGCGACUUCACCGAAGCAGCCCAGUGACCUGCCCAGCCCGUCGCAUAAGAAGAGCCUGUUUAAGAAGAGGAAUGAGGAUGGAAGGGAUAAGGUCCUGGAGACGGUGAACUUCGAGCACAAGUUCAGCACGCUGCCGCAGUUCAAGCCGGAGGCCUGCAGCCCCAGCGCCAUGGUGGUGCCGCGCAGUCCGCAGCUAUACAUGAGGAAAAAACAUAACAAGAUGGAGGAAGAGAACACAGCAGUGACACCACAACUGGAGCCCGAAGUGAUGAACGGCAAUGGUAUGCCGACGCCGCAUUCCUACGGCACUCCACACACGACCACUAACAAACUCGUUGGGAACACCUUCUUUGGACCCGACUUCAACUUGGAUACUUAUAGAGUAUCGGAAGGCAUGGAGGAGAUGUCGCCGCGCACGCCGGUGUCGGGCAGCGCGCGCGAGGCGGGGCACCGGCGCGUGCUGGAGCAGCGCCGCCACCUCGUGCUCAAGCUCUUCCACGAGCACGGCAUGUUCCCCACCACGCAGGCCACCACGCACUUCCAGGCUACACACAUGGACAUUUUCCCGACUAAGAUGGCUCUACAGCUAAAGAUUCGCGAAGUAAGACAGAAACUGAUGGCUCAGUCCAACCUUACGCCCCACUCCGAAGUGAAUACGCCUACUAUAAAUUCUCCAAUCGCAUCAGCGACUAUGCAGCCGACGUCCACGGCCAGUUAGCGAUGCGGGUACACCAUCUCUAUCAUUGUGCGAGAGUAGGACCACUAGGUGUUUAGCCGUCCAUAGUACGUACACAGACAAAUAAACACGUGUUACCUGCAGGACAGCUUCUAGGUAUUGCCAGUUCAAAAAAAGUACUUAUAUCCGAUAUUUGAGCUUCAAUUUGAGAAUGUGUAAAUCGUAUUUGUGAACGGCUAAAUAUCCUUGUGGACCUCGAAAUGAUGGAGUUGACGCGAAAGGUUUCGUGAUGGUAAAUGCAGAAGCAUUUAAUACAGUGAUUAGAUUAAUGUAUAGCUACUCGUUCAUAGUAUUUUAUUAUUAUUCAGAAGUACUUUUUUAAUUAAUAAAAGUUUAAAAAAUCAUAAAAAUUAAUUGGUAAUGUUAAGUCCGUGAGAAUUGGCGAUGCAUGGUCUAAUUGAUUCGUUGAUUUAAAUCUAUGUUUAAAGUAGUUUUUAUCUAAAAGUAACAGUGGUACUAAUGGUUUGUUUCCCUUUUCCAUAGUAUCUUAACCAAUAUUGUUUUCUGUAAAUGUAUGAGCGCACUACGCAGUCAGGUCGUAGCAGCUACCCUGACCACUCGGCCGACUGCCUAGCGCGACUGCCGUAUAAGUGAGUAAACGCAGUGAAAAGGUUAUGAGAUAUUCAUAUCUAGUGUUUUACAUUACAAGUAAUACAAAAAAGCAAAAAAUCACAAAAAAAUACCACUUCUCUCUUCUUCUGAGGAUACUUUAAAGCCGAGCUUUGUGAAAAGUUACAUAGUUAAAAGUUUUCAACUAUAUUAUCACUUUAAAGCAACCUCAGAUCAAUAGAAACAUAUCUUUAUUCGCUUUUAAUUGGUUAUUUUACUAAUAGAUCAUUUUAUUUCAUUGUUUAGAGCACAUCGUCAUUAUGGGCACGAUCUCAAUUAUUAUUUGUAUAUUUGUAUUAAGUACUUUUGUUAGUGAGUGCAGUAGGUAUGUCUGAAAUCUGUGUUGUUGCAAUACCAAUUACUUUGCAAGAAUUCUGCAAAAAUAAACAAUUAUACUGAAACAAAAUAUAGUAGAUUUCACAUCAUUUAAUUGGCUGUAUUUGUCUUUUAACGCUCAAAAGUUCUUUUUUCUUGAAUUCGUUUAAUUAUUGUGUGAAGCCAUUAAAUAUUUCGUAACAGUCCCAGUUGAAUUUCGUUGCAAUAUAAGAAUAAUUUUAUUAAAAUCAAUAAAUAUUUUAGAGAGUUAUAUAAUAAUAUUUGCAAUUGAUAUAUUAUAUUUACUUCAGAUUUGUGUGUUUAUCGAGAGAUACGGUUUUAUUUAAAUGUUGCCUUCACUCAAUGGGAUAUUGAGCGAGUUGCGUGUUAGAGUGUCUUAUGGAAGUUCGUUUGUUACGAAUUGAUUUAGUGAUUAAUGAGGUCUCUAUCAAACAUAGUCAGCUGGUAAUAUAGUUAUCGAUAAACUAUGACAGAAUAAUGCUCAUUUGCCGUAUUCAAUAUCUGAGAUUAUGAUCGAUGUUAACAGCGAACUUAUUUGUCAUGUCGUUGAUAAAUGCAUUUAAAAUAACUGACACUCAGGUGUUCCUAUCAUAAAUGGCAAAAUGUUGAAACUAUCCAAGAUAGUAUACAAGUUGUGCUUACAUAGAGACCUAAAUAAGUGAUAUGUUUUCUGCGACGCAUAGUGAGUGAGAUGUGUGAACAUUAUGCGAGUAGUUGUGAGGUCAAGCAAGGAACUUUGGUGCGAACAUUUUCACUAUCGUUUAAGUCUCUAUUAUUUUGUAUUGUUUUCUAUUUAUGUUGUGAUGUUGGUCUUCCAAGUGUUUCAAAUUAUUUCAUUUUAUUAGAUUAAUAUCUACUUAUUUAAUAUUGUACGUUGUACAGUGGUUUAUCGAGGGAGUUGUCGAGUGUUAUGAUACACAAUGUAUGCCGUGUUCGAGUGAAUCAUGUGAGUGACACAAAUUGUAAACAUUUUAAUAAUAUUAUUACUCUUUCUGUCAGUAAACGAUCGACGUAGCGAUCCAUUUUUGAAACAUAAUGCUAUGGUUUACAAAAAUAGCUCAAAUCAGUAACGACACUAGAUAAAUCAAUAUUUAUAUUAUAUAAUCUCAUUGUAAAUAUUAGUCGUAUUGUAUACUAGCACUAAGUAUUCCUGGCUCUCAAAGUAAUUAAGGUUUUAUUUAGAUAAUACUAAUUAUAUUAUAGAUAAAAAGAUAAAUAUAUAAUUUAUACAUGUGAAAUUUCGGCCAAUACAAAUGUUAUGUAUAUCAAAAUUGUAUUUUUUAAAUGAUCUCUUCGGCGUUAAUAGUAUUUAGAUAAUUGCUUUAGGAGUCCGGAAGUGAAAUGAAUUUAUUAAAGGUAUAAAACUUAAGAGAUAUUUUCGCACGGUUAAAUAUUGUAUCUCGAUAGGCAUGUAGUCGGGGUGUGUUCCAAAACUCGCCAGUUGUUCUAUUUAAACUUAUGUCUGUUAACACAUUCGGAUUAACUUAACUGCAAUCAUUAUCACUUCUUGUAUUGUUCAAGCUGCCAAUGCCGAACUAGCGAGCUUUGGUACGCAACCCCGCGUAGUCAAUUCAUCAUAAUCGUCAUUGUUGUCAUACAUUAACUCAUAAAUAAAUAAUAGAACUUUUGUUACCAGUUAGUAGUAAUAUACACAUAUGUUUUUGUCCUUAGUUUGAAUUAGUUACAUAUUCGACCUAGACGUUGUUACAUGUCUACUUGUGACCACUACAUACAGUUAUAUUCAAGUUGAGGGAAGCUGGGUAAUUAAUUCAAAUUAAGGACAAGCGAUAGGCCUCUUUUCUUAAUCAAUGGAAUAACUAUAACUUUGACUCACAAUAACACCCAUAUAAUUAUUAAGAUUGGUUUUCAAUUUUACAAUAUAUCAAUAUAACAGAAAUAUAAUUAUUUACUAAUCAAUAUAUCUUAUAUGGCAGGUGAAUCAUCCCGAGUUAGUGAAAAACUGUUGGUUUUCCCUUCGAGCGUUCUAUUACGAAACGAUUUCGAUUCGAUUAUUUACGAAAUUAAGUUUUAGGUUCAUAUAUUUUAUUUUUCAGCACUACAACAUAUAUGUUUUCAUAAAAUUUCAUACAAUAUGCUACAACCAUUUCAAUUUAUAUAAGUAUUUUCAUGAAUAGACACUGGAGCUCAGUAAAAGCAAGUUGCAUUUAGUUGGUAAACUUAUAUGAAAUUUGUAUGAAAGCAUACAUGGUGGUUUAUUUACACACUUUGUUGCAAUAUCUAAUAAAUACAUUAUAAAAAAAUAGAAGUUUUCCUCCAUGGUUUAUCAUUGUGAUGGUUUGUACUAAAUGUUUCAAUUUGUUUUUAAACUGUCCAUAUAUAUUUAAGUUUGCCUCUUGUUGAAAUAAUUAUAGUUUUGGUGGUAUGUUGAGAUUUGAGUGAAUGAUUUUUAAGUGUGUUAUAGUAAUAACAAAUAUGAAAAAUCUUAAUGGCUGCAUAUUUCUAGUGCCUUAUUGACUUUCAAAUCUUAGUUCAUACUCAUUUGUGACACUGAUGCAUACCUACUCGAUGCUUUGGAUUGAAUUCUCGUCUCUAGGCUUUGUCAGUCAAUAAACAACAGGUAAUAGGCAGUUUUACUUUAUUAGACUGAAUUAACUAUGUUGCAUAACAAGUUAAAUGUUAUAUUUUAAGAAAUAUUAGCAAUUAUUUCGAAAGGACAUUUUAAAUAAAGCAUUUCAUAUUCGUUAUUUAUUUCUUCUACAUAAGCUAUUAGUGUAAUUGUUUAGUCAAAAUGGUAAAUGUAAAUAUCUUGUUUAGAUGAUUUAUUUAGAUUUUAAGUGUUCAAUUUAAUGUAUAUUAGAUUGAAUUAGAGACAAAACAAUCAUAAGUAAAAAAUGAAUAUCUGAAUCAGUAACCACUUUUACAUGAGCAAGUUUUUUAAAUGUUUAUGAAUCCAACUAAUGGACCAAUAAGUGGCACUUUAAAUGUAGACAUUGUAAUCAACAACAAACCAACUGUGAGCAGGUAAUAGAGAACCAACCCAUAGUGUUGUGGACAGUUUGUUCAAGCAUAUUGGAUCAUUGUAUGAACUUAUGUUAAAACAUAAAAACCUCGAAAACA